CCCCCGGGAUGGGGAGCGGGGACAGCCGGGAGGGGCGGGACCGGGAGGGGCCGCGCAGCCGCCCCGGGAGCGGGAAGGGAGCGGGAAACGGAGGUCUCUCCUUUUCUAGGGUGGCCGGGCCAUGGUGGUCCUGCGGGCCGGGCUCUGCCCCGGCCUCACUGAGGAGGUGCUCCAGCUGCUCAGGAUGAGUGGCAUCAGGACAGUGGUGGACUUCGUGUCAUCAGACCUGGAGGACAUUGCGCAGAAGUGUUCCCUGUCUUACAAGGCACUAGUUGCGGUGAGACGUGUGCUCCUGGCCCAGUUCUCUGCCUUCCCUGCCAAUGGAGCAGACCUCUAUGAGGAGCUCAAGAGCUCCACGGCCAUCCUGCCCACUGGGAGCUCAAGCCUGGACCAGCUGCUGGACUCUGGGCUGUACACGGGGGAAGUAAUAGAGCUUAUGGGAGCACCGGGCAGUGGGAAGACGCAGGUGUGCCUGGGUAUUGCAGCCAGCAUCUCUCUCAGCCUCAAGCAGCACGUCCUGUUUCUUGACUCCACGGGAGGGUUCACUGCCUCUCGUCUCUCCCAGAUGCUUCAAGCCCAGACAGAGGACGAGGAAGAGCAGCUGGAGGCUCUGCAGCGAAUCCAGGUGGUCCGUGUGUUUGACAUCUAUGAAGUGCUGAGUGCUUUGCAGGAGCUACGGGAUCGCCUCUCCCAGCAGGUCGUGAGCUCCAUGGGACCUCUUAAGAUUGUGGUGAUCGACUCAGUCGCAGCCGUAGUUUACCCGCUGCUGGGCGGCAAGCAGUCAGAGGGCUUGGCCAUCAUGAUGCAGCUGGCCGGGGAGCUGAAAACACUGGCGAGGGAGUUCAGCCUUGCUGUUGUGGUGACAAACCAGGUGACAAGGGACAGCAGCACCGGUCUACUGAAGCCAGCCCUUGGCCGCUCCUGGAGUUUCGUGCCCAGCACCCGGGUGCUGCUGGAGAGCAAAGAAGCCACCUGGGAGAAAGCCACCACGCAGCGCAUCGCUUCCUUGGCAAAGUCACCCCGGCAGCCGACAGGGAUACAAGUGGAGCUGGAUAUUGGAAAUGGUGAUGUGCAGGAGCUGAGCUCAGUGACACCCACACAAGGGCUCUGAUGAAGAUGGAAAAGCAGAUGUCAAGGUCUGAGAGCUGCAAACGGAGCGG